AUGUCAACUCCAUCUCGUCUUCGUUUGAUGCGUGAUUUUAAACAAUUACAAAAAGAUCCACCAGCUGGUAUUGCAGCUGUUCCUUCAGAUGAUAAUAUUCUUAUUUGGCAUGCUUUUAUUUUGGGACCAAGUGAUACACCAUUUGAAGAUGGAACAUUUCGAUUAUUGUUAGAAUUUACGGAAUCUUAUCCAAAUAAACCACCAUCCGUUCGAUUUACAUCAAAAAUGUUUCAUCCGAAUGUCUAUGCUGAUGGUGGAAUUUGUCUUGAUAUUCUACAAAAUCGUUGGUCACCUACAUAUGAUGUUUCAGCUAUUUUGACUUCAAUUCAAUCAUUACUUGAUGAACCAAAUGUUUCAUCACCAGCUAAUUCUGAAGCAGCUACUCUUUAUCAAACAAAUCGGCGUGAAUAUGAAAAACGUGUUAAAAUGACAGUUGAACAAAGUUGGAAUGCUGAACCAACACUUGCAUCUAAUCUUCGAGCAUCAUAA